AUGCUAGGACCACCAAACAAGCUGGAAGUCGAUUGUCUUUUGGCAGCGUUAAGAGUUGCAUCUUUCCACGUGCCGGUGGUAACCUGUCAGACGGAUGCAAUGCUCAGCAGAGUUGAUGCUAAUGAUAUUGGGUCAUUGCUCUCGGUUGUGGAGGAGGUUACUGUUUGUGGGAACUCGUUUCAGGCCAGUAACUCAGUGAUAUACCGGAGGGAGUUCAUGAAUCGGAAGCUACACACCAAGUGCACACUGAUGAGUGUCUGCCAUGAGUGUCUGCCAUGUACUUCAUUACUUGAAGUUGAGUCAUAUCAAACAAUCUGGUCUCGAUCCUCAGCUUUACUGAAGAAGAACAUUGCAGUGAGUUGCGUGUUCACGAUAGUCGUAGAAGCACAGUGCUAUCACUAAAACAGGCCUAAAAACAAACCCCUCGAAUUCCAUCGAAUUCCAUGCAACCUGCUGUAGACCUUUGACUUAAAUCAUCAC